GGUUGGGCGAUACACAGGCUGUGGCUAGGGAGGAGGGGUGGGGGCGUUUGUUCCGUUGGGACUUUUCACGCCCUUUUAUUCCUUUAGGUGUGGUUAGGUUCAGCGGCUUGAGCGAGCGUAUUCUCUUGUGAAAGAGGAAAGUAGCUCCCGCGGAGAGCGGUCGAAGUUGCGGAGGGGUGCGAGACAGGAGUUCUCCCCUAUGCCAGCCAAAUGGUGCGGCCCUGAGCUGUUUCACGACCCGGCCGGACGAGUCUGAGAGAGGCCCCGGAGGGGGCAGGGAGGCGGCCCGCAGAACGCGGGUUCUGUGAAGAGACGUGGAGAAGAUUCGAUUCGGAGAAGAGGAAGAGCCCGAUUGAAGGGGAGCGAGGCCGCUGAGGGGGAGGGGGCUGCCAAGAUGGCGUCGUCCUCCUCUGGGCCGUCGGCGGCCGGGGUUUCAGCCUCGGAUCCCGCGGUCUCUUCCGGCGCCUCUUCCUCAGCAUCAGGAAUCAAGAGAUCCAUGCCGUCUGAGGUGCCUUAUGCCUCUGGCAUGCCCAUCAAGAAAAUAGGCCACCGAGGUGUUGAUUCCUCAGGAGAGACGACGUAUAAAAAGACAACCUCAUCUGCCUUGAAAGGUGCCAUCCAGUUAGGCAUUACUCACACUGUGGGGAGCCUGAGUACCAAACCAGAGCGUGAUGUCCUCAUGCAAGACUUCUAUGUUGUGGAGAGUAUCUUCUUCCCCAGUGAAGGGAGCAACUUGACCCCUGCUCAUCACUACAAUGACUUUCGGUUCAAGACCUAUGCACCUGUUGCCUUCCGUUACUUUCGGGAGUUAUUUGGUAUCCGGCCUGAUGAUUACUUGUACUCUCUCUGCAGUGAGCCGCUGAUUGAACUCUGCAACUCUGGGGCUAGUGGUUCCCUCUUCUAUGUGUCCAGCGAUGAUGAAUUCAUUAUUAAAACGGUUCAGCAUAAAGAAGCGGAGUUUCUGCAGAAGCUGCUUCCAGGAUACUACAUGAACCUCAACCAGAAUCCUCGCACUUUGCUGCCUAAAUUCUAUGGACUGUACUGUGUGCAGGCAGGUGGUAAGAACAUUCGAAUUGUGGUGAUGAACAAUCUCUUACCACGGUCGGUCAAGAUGCACAUCAAAUAUGACCUCAAGGGCUCAACCUACAAACGGCGGGCUUCCCAAAAAGAGCGAGAGAAGCCUCUCCCCACCUUUAAAGACCUGGACUUCUUACAAGAUAUUCCAGAUGGUCUUUUUUUGGAUGCUGACAUGUACAAUGCUCUAUGUAAGACCCUACAGCGUGACUGUUUGGUGCUGCAGAGCUUUAAGAUAAUGGACUAUAGCCUUUUGAUGUCGAUCCAUAACAUAGAUCAUGCACAAAGAGAGCCCUUAGGCAGUGAAGUGCAAUCCUCAGCUGACACUCGCCGACCAGCCCCCCAAAAGGCUCUCUAUUCCACAGCUAUGGAAUCUAUCCAGGGCGAGGCUCGGCGAGGUGGCACCAUGGAGACUGAUGACCAUAUGGGUGGCAUCCCUGCCCGCAACAGUAAAGGGGAAAGGCUGCUGCUUUAUAUUGGGAUCAUUGACAUUCUCCAGUCUUACAGGUUUGUUAAGAAGUUGGAGCACUCUUGGAAAGCCCUGGUACACGAUGGGGACACCGUAUCGGUGCAUCGCCCAGGCUUCUAUGCUGAACGGUUCCAGCGCUUCAUGUGCAACACAGUGUUCAAGAAGAUACCCCUGAAGCCCUCUCCUUCCAAAAAGUUUCGGUCUGGCUCAUCUUUUUCUCGGCGAGCAGGCCCCAGCGGCAACUCCUGCAUUACUUACCAGACAUCGGUCUCUGGGGAGCACAAGGCACAAGUGACAACCAAGGCGGAAGUGGAGCCAGGCGUCCACUUCGGUCGUCCUGAUGUUUUACCUCAGACUCCACCUUUGGAGAAAAUCAGUGAGGUCUCGACUCUUCCUGACCCCUAUUUCUCACCUGUAGUUGGAGAGACUUUGCAAAUGCAAACUACAAGGUUGGUUCCUUGGCCCCUUUCUUCAUGUUCUCCUUUCAUCUCUCUCUUCAGGUCCUUGGGAACCUCCAUAAUUUUGUUUUUUCGAGAGAUCAUUGUCUUUUGCUCUUCACUAGAUUUUUCUGGGUUUACUUUCCUUUAGUUCAUCUUUACUGACUUGAAGGAAUGUGUCAACAUCUCUGCAUCUUUAAGGGGUGUGCAGACUAUUCUGAUAGAAUGUGCCCCAACUAACCCUUUAUCUCCUGGUGAGUUAGGUGAGAAUUCUCAGCUUACUUUGUAAGCCUGGAAAAAGAUUCCUGGGCAGGGAAGAAAAUGAACAGUGAGUCUUGUAAAAGGAUACAUUCUAAAGGUUGUGGUUUAAUUUUGUUAGAUGGUGUGUUGAUUAUCUAGUCCAUCAUAAUAAAUUAACCCAAAACUUAGUGGAUUAAAAUAACAAACACAUAUCAUAGCUUCUGUGGGUGCAGCUUAGCUGGGUCCUCAGGCUCAAGGUCUUUCAUGAGGUGUUAGCCAGGGGCUCCCAUCUCAUCCGAAGGCUCAACUGAGAGGCUUCACUUCUAAGCUCCUUUAUAUGCUUGUUGGCAGGGUUCAGUUCCUUGUGGGUUGCUGGACAGUGGGGCCUCCCAUGGUUUUUUGCAACAUGAGCCUCUCCUUAGGACAACUCAGAACAUUGCAGCUGGCCUCCCUCAGAGCGAGCAAGUGAGAGUGCAUGCACCUAUCCAGAAGCCAUAAUCUUUUUGUGACCUAAUCUCAAAAUUGACCUCCUAUCACCUGCGCUGCAUUCUAGUCACUAAAUCUAGCCCACACUCACAAGGAAGGGAUUACACAAAGCUGUGAAUACCAGGAAGCAGAACUCAUAGGGUGCCCCCUAAAAAGCGACCUUUCGCAGUCCAUCUUCUGGCACCCAAUGCUUCCUGUCCCUCCCUGUGCGAAAUGCAUUCAUUUGCUCCAGUGGUCUUCAAAAGUUUGAUCCCAUUACAGCAGCCGCUUAAAUUCCAGAAUUUUGUCAUCUGAAUUAGGUCUAGGUUUGGAGGAGCUCCCCAGGUACUGUUCCUUGAGUACAGUUGCUCUUAGUCUUUGGACCUGUGAAACUAGAGACAGCUGUUUUCUCCCUACACACCCAACAGACAGUGGUGAGGCAGUAAGUAGAUAACACUGAACACAUUCCUGUACAAAGAGAAGAGUGAGGGAGGCACAGAGGAGUCACUGGUGCAUAGCUAGUCCAAAAUCCAGCAAUUGUUGAGUUUCUUUGAUCAGGUGAAAUACAGGGAAAAAGCUUGGGAGUAAUUCUCCCAUGACUCUUUACUCCACUCUUUGACCUCUUGGUUUUGCUUUCUGGGUGUUCCUUUUUCAUGAAAGCCAGAAUGUGUUUGCAGCUAGUAGUUUUCUCAGCCUGCUUCCUAUUUUGGUGUCCAGCAGUUUCUUCCUUUUACACUGUGUAUGCCCCUUUCAGUCCAAGCUGUGAAUGUUUCUGCUGUUAUAAUGCCCUCAAAGAUUUUGUGGUCCUCCUGUGAGUCUCAGUAAGAUUCAGUCUCCUAGAUAAAAGCCACACCCACAGAUACCCUCUUCAUAAGCCCUGUACUGCUUAGAGAUCCUGUUAAGUUGAGAGGAUCUGGAAGACUUUAAUCUUUUUGAAUGGCCUUUUGUAUGAUUGAGUAGUACUCUAAGGAACCAACUUUGAUUUUUCUGAAGUCUUAGAAAAUGUUUUAUAGUCAUACCCUUGGCUUUGUCUCUAGACCGCAUUUUCCUGGUAGUGCCCAGGUUUUGUGCUUGCUCAUAAGCUGUUUCUUAAUUUUAGCAUUGUUUGCUAUCUGGAGGGACUCAGAAUUUUCAAAACCAUCAGGUCCUGAAAGUCCUUUUAUUUAAUAAUCCUUCCCUUAAUUUUUUUCUUCUCGUUUUACUGUAAGCAUUAAGAGGGAACCAGGUCGGUCGGGUGGUGGCGAGGGAGAAGGAACCACGUGGCACCUUUAGCACUUUGUUUAGAAUUCUCCUUAGGUAGAUCACCCAAUCCGUUAGACAUGUAUUCUGCUUUUCACAUAACUGCAUAUGACAUUGUUGCAAAACUUUGUUCCACUACAUUACAGGGGUGCCCUUUCUUUCAGUUUCCCAUAAGAUUUUUCUCACUUUCCGUUGAGCCCACACUGGCAACUCCCUCAUCAAGCCUAAGAUUCUGCAGUAUGUUCAUGGCCCUUCUAGACUUUCACUAAAACUCUCCUUAAAGCCCAUUUCCCUCUUCCAAAGCCUGUUCCACUUUUUAGUUCAGUAGCACUUUACUUCCACGUUCAAAAAUUUAUAUUAUUUAUUGUGUAACAAAUUACUCUCAAUUUGGCAGCUAAAAACUACAACAUUUAUUAUUUCAGAUUUUAUGUGGCUUGACUCUGUAAGUGUGACUUAACUGGGUGCCACUGGUUCAGGGUCUCUCAGGAGGUUACAGUAAAGCUGUGAGUUAGGGCAGUAGUCUCAUCUGGAGGCUUGCCUUGGGGGAGAAUCAACUUCUAAGCUCAUUUACGUGGUUGUUAGCAAGAUUCAGUUCCUUGUAGGCUGUUGGCCUGUGGUCCUCCCUCAGUUCCUUGUCACAUGUUCUCUCCAUGUGGCAGCUAGCUUCCCUCAGAGCAAACAGUUAGUAAGAGAACUCGAGCCCAAGAGGAAGCUAGGUAGGGUCUUUUUGUAACCUAAUCUCAGAAUUGAUGUUCCAUCACCUGGCCUACAUUUUGUCCUCUGGAAGAGAGUCAAUAAAUCCAGCCCCCAUUCAAGAGGAGAGAAUUACACAAUGGCACAAAUAUCAGGCAGCAGUAAUCACUGAGUGCCUACUACACCUAGGAAUUGAAGAAAGAAGGGGAGGGUAUCAGGAAAUAUUUUUGUAGUACUCAUGAAACUAAAUAGUUAAUUAAAACAACAUGCUUCUAAGUCUGGUAGUUUCUUAGCCUCUUUCUGAAUCCUAAGUUGAUCCUGAAGUGAAAUAUGGAGAAGCAUUACAAGAUUUGACUUGAGAGGAUUGUCCUUUCUCUCU